AGUGACUUCGGUAACAUUUAUGCAUCUUCUCCACUAAACCAAAUCCAACCAUGGCCGGCGGUAGCUGUUUUACGUGCGCCAGAAAACCGGACAAAUUCUUCGAAAUCGAAGAUCGUACGGAGGAAUCUAAGCCCAACAUCUGUCUCAUUAUGUGCCAGCAUUUUUGGUUCAAGGGCGAAGACCUUCUGAAAGCUAUCAUCUGUGAGGUCUGCUGGGAUAAAGUCGAGCAAUGGCAUAGGUUCUACCAGGAGGUGAAGGACCUGCACGAGGAUCGGCAGGAUUCGAAGCCGCUGUCGGUUUUCAUCAAAGAGGAGGAGGAUGAGAUAGAUGAGCAUUUGAUUCGAGGAAUUUGUGCGGAUGUUUCGUUUGAAGAACCGAUGGACGAUAAGGAGGACUGUAAGUCUGAAAUCGACGAUCGAUCGGACGAAAUGCCAUCGAUGGUUGAGGAUAGUCCUCCUACAACAAGAAAGCUUCGAAAUACGUCCAAAAAAACUGCAAAGAGUAAGGUAUCUGAACCCAAAACCGUCCGAAGGAGGAGAAAGGUGCCUUUGGAGCAGCAGAAAGCAGAGGACGAUUACAUCAAGCAGCAUAGGCCAUUUGUAUGCGAGGAGUGCGGCGAGGAAUUCGAGGGAUUUGAUACGCUUCGUAAGCACUCGAUCAAGGAUCACGAUAAGCAACACAUUAUGUGCUGCAACAAUCAGUUCAAAACUCGAACAUUACUCCACCAGCACGUUCAGAAUGUGCUUAAUCCGCAAGAGAUCAAAUGCGAAAUUUGUAACAGAACGUUCAAGUUCCAGAGUGGAUACAAUCGCCACAAGGAGGAGGUUCACGCUGAUGAACAUCUGCUGAUAUUCAAGUGCGAUCGGUGCCCAAGGAGUUUCCCGAAGCAAAAGCUGCUAAAACGGCACCUCAAGGAGCACGAAACACUGGAGAACGAGAAGGCCAAAUGUGAGGUCUGCGGCAAGUGCUUCCGGACGCGAAUCCACAUGAAGCGGCACGUCACACAGGUCCACGAUAAGACUUUCGAAUUCAUGUGCGAGAUUUGCUCCAAGGGAUUCAUGAAGCAUUCGGAACUCAAAGCGCACCGCGAGUACCACGAACUGUCCCCGGAGGAAAUGAAGAAGCAAUGCCCCGUCUGCAACAAGUGGCUAAAGAACCUGAGAUACUGGAGACGACAUGUAACCCGACACCAGAAUGAGGGAGCGCACAAGUGCGAGCACUGCAGUCACGUUUCGGUCAAUUUGCUGUCGCUGAAGCAGCACAUCGAACGCAAGCAUGGCCCAAAGAUCAAGAAGUACGUGUGCGAUCUGUGCGGCAAGGAGUAUUCGCGGCCGGUCACCUUGAAGGAACACAUCGCCAAUGCCCACACCGGGAAGCCCUUGUACCAGUGUCAGUUUUGCGACAAGAGUUUCUUCUCGAACGCCACGAUGUACGCCCACCGGAAGAAGGACCACCCGCAAGAGUGGCUGCAGGAUCACAAGGCCAAGUAUGCUACUGCGGAGCAGGGCGAUGGAAUCGAUGGAACCGUGAACUAGCAUUUGUCAUGGGUUUAGGUACCUGCUUGUUGAGGUAUCAUUUUUUUUAUUUAUCAUUAAUAUUACAUUGAAUAAGAGAAAAAUGUAGGUGUUGAUUUUUAAGCACAUAAAAA